GUUGACACAAAUGCAACCGAAGAUCUUGUAAAUGCCACCAAAAAUCUUGUAAAUACAAAAGAAAAUUUAUAUGGAUCGAAACUGAAAACACGUGCAUAUGACAGAUUAGAAAAUACAAAAGAUGAUUGUUUAUCCAAAUGCCUUAGACAAGAGACAAUAAUUUCAGAAGAGAACAAAAAACAACCUGACGCAAAUAUAAUAUCCAAAGCAGAUAAUAAUAAUUUUGAUAAUAAAGAUACAGAAAGAGUCGAAGAAUCAUAUUCAUCCAACUAUAUUAUUGACAUCUCUUCCGAGUCUUGUUCUCGGCAACAAACAUUAAGUGAUUCAUUCUUAUUACCUCUUUUAGAGAAUUAUUCACACAGUUAUAUUAUAGAUCUGUCUCCGCUUUCAAAAAUAAAAGGUGAAUUUAAUGAUAAGCAGUGGGCUGAGUUAGUCAGAAGAAGACCUGAUGCGGUCCGGAAAGCUUACUAUUAUGAGAUCGAGCCUAUUAUCACCCACUUGUUUGAACAAAAAGUAAGGAUUUUUCGAGUUAGAAAAAAUUUGGCUGCUCCUGCAUAUGAUAACAGUUUCUUAUAUGCAGAAGGUGAUUGGGAAAAAAUAAAGCAUUGGAGAGAGAUUUCUGUUCUCACAACCCAACGCUGUCAAAAUAAUGACAAGAAUAUACUUACUGAACAAGUUGAGCAAAGUCAUCAGGUGGAUCUCUUAUGUAAUUAUGAGCAAUACGAGGUUGCUUGCGUACUUGCUUGCAGUGGACCAUAUAUCUAUGAUUUAACUAAACUCACCUCAGAUGAAUUUAACCUUUCAAGAAUUAUGAAAGAUAUGCUCGAUGACUUUGAAUCAAAGUUUCUGUAUGCCGGAAAAAAAGGAUUGCAUCCAUAUAUUAUUGGGAUCCAGACAUAUAUAACAGAGGUUCGAGUCUACCUGAUGGAGAAACGUAGAAACGUUCGGGGCUUGAUUAACUUCUUGGUUUGGAAACUCGAUACUAUUGAUGAUGAUGGGUUUAAAACUCCCCCUGUAACAUUGUCAAAUAAUAUAAAGACUCAACAAACUCCACCAAAACAACAAAAGAAAAAGAAAGCAAAAGAAGACUUAGCAAAUGCCACCAAAACAACCAAAGAAAAAGAUUAG